AUGCCUACAGCUAGUUCUACCUCCAGCAGAACUUCUCUUGAAUCUUCUCCCUCUCACCCUAUAACCGCGACACGUCGUCCUGCUCCGGGGUCGCCCCGAGCUCCCCCAACUACUGAAGCUGCCCCAGCAUACGACUCCAUUAUAAACCCACCAACCGUUACCCUUGGCCUCCCUGGGGCAGAAGAUGAUGUUUCGCCUCCUUGGUAUCACUCGGGCGACAAAAACCCGCCCAUUGCGCCGUUCUUCUUAGCAAUAUUUCAAGAAGACCAAGCUAGACUUGAGGAGCUCAUGGCUAGUGACUCUGAAAUUGUAAACACACGGGAUGACGGUGAUAGAACACCACUCUAUUGUGCUGUUGUCGCAUACAAAAGCAACAUAGAUAUAGUCAGAUGUCUUUUGGGAGGUGGAGCGAAUGUAAAUGACUGGAGCCGCGAAUACCUCCCACCACAGAAAAAGAGAAAAAGCCACUGGCCGCCACUGACACCGCCUCACUCAGCGAGUCCCAAUAACAAAGGUUGGUAUAAGACACAGCGUACACCACUCAUGGCUGCAUGCCAGCGCAAUCAUCUUCCCAUCGCACGACUCUUAUUGGAAACUCCUUAUAACGCAGACCCCGGAUUGGUCGCUGAAGAUGGUCAGCAUGCACUGCGCCUGGCAUCAACUUCUGGUAGUCGGGAGAUUGUCAAGUUACUGCCCUCGCUCCGCGCAGGUGGCUGGAAGCGCCUGAAGUACCGCAGCAAACCGCACAUAGCCAAGAUCAAGAAGGCAGCACAGGUCGUUUACGAAACGUGCAAAUUUGUUGUUUUCGACGUACCUAAGUUUGUGGUGUGUAAACUCCCAUAUGCGAUCUACGAUGUGGGCAAAUAUUUCGCACGCCUUCUCUGGAGCUGUGCAAAAGAAAUCGGGAGCUGGGCCGUCAAACUGCCUGCUAGGAUCUACAAGCUCUUGAUCAGUAUCCCAGGAGCUAUCUGGAGGGGUGUUAAGGCGGUCCCGGGGGUUUUCAAGACGUUCUUCAUGUCCACACUGCCAAGGAUCAUCAAAGCGCUAUUUGAGGUAUCGCGUGAUAUCGUAGUGGCUAUCGGGAAGUGCUCGUGGUUUUUCACAAAGUGGCUACUCAAAACGAUCUUCAUUCAAAUCCCGAAGUUGAUAUUUGAGGGAAUCGUAGCAAUUUUCAACCAAGUCAAAAACUUUGGAAAAUGGCUCCUGGAUCUACUUGCCUCCUUUGCAAGUCUACUGCACACAUUCUUUGAGUGGGUUGUGCGCAAUUGUACGUGGCAGAACGUCAUGCAAGGGCUGAAGUCAACGCUGAAGUUCUUCUUUGUCGAUAUACCAGUUGGGCUGUGGAAUGCCAUGCGGAUGGUUUAUUCUGGGCUCGAACAUUUGCUCGAGGGUAUAUUUGGAUGUUUUUCAUGCUUGUUCCUAGCCAUCAUCAAGAUGAUUCUGUGGUUUCCCAAAAAGCUUAAGAGUCUAGUAGUAUCUCUUGGAAAGAUAUUUGCUGGGGCGUGGAAGGAGUUUAGGGUCUUGAUUGAUCCGAAGGCCAAUGUUUGA